AUGGCCGGAAUAUUCCUCUUGAACCAAGACGUGGUGGCCGUCAUUCUUCUUCAUCUGCCUGCGAAAUCUCUAACCCGAUUCAAAUUAGUAUGCAAGCAGUGGCUCUCGAUCAUCUCUGCGCAGCAGUUCUGCCAUCUCCACACUCUCCGCCACCCGAAACCACUGCCCUCUCUCAUCCUUCGAACUCAUACCUCACACUGCUUUUACUUCAAUCCAGUUUCAAGUAGCCAUAAGCUUGUACCUUACACUAUCACCGUUCCAAAUUCGAAAAUCUUGAAUUCAUGCAGCGGGCUGCUGCUGCUGCAGUCUGUCCAUCCAGACCCAGUGGAGUACCAUGUUUAUAAUUCAACCACGAAACAAUCAAGAACCAUCAGCCUUACUCUGAGCGAGGAUUUCAAGAAGAUUAUGGGGCUUACCUUAGCAUUUGAUCCUUCAAAAUCGCCUCAUUACAAGAUCGUGUGUGUCAGGGCUAAAAUGAAGCCCCCUUCUGCUCGUGAGAGACAUUGUCAGAUUGAGGUUUUCAACUUUCAGAGCUUCACUUGGAGGGUAUAA